UGUAUAUAAAAUUUUAAUACAAAACCGUUUGCAUUAGAUUUAUACUCCUAAAUACUAAAAAAAACAGCAAAAUGAGAAAUGUUGAAAUUAAGGCCAAAAUUAGAGACAUGGUCAAGAUUUUAGCUAAAGCGAAGGAGUUGAGUGGUUCAGAGGGUGUCAGCAUCCCUCAGCAUGAUACAUUUUAUAAAGCCCCGCUGGGAAGAUUAAAAUUACGCCGAUUCGAGACAGGAAACGCAGAAUUGAUAUACUAUGAUAGACCAGAUGCGGAAGGACCGUCUCUAUCUCAAUUUGAGCUUCACGAUGUCCAGGCACCGAAUGUUAACUCCUUGAACAAUGUCCUAUCCAAAGCUUUGGGAACUAUAGGGGACGUUAAAAAAAUUCGCCAACUGUUCAUAGUUGGUCAAACCAGAAUUCAUGUCGAUAAAGUUGAAAAUCUUGGAGAUUUCAUGGAAUUAGAGGUUGUUUUGAAGCAGGAGCAAACCCUCGAGGAUGGUCAAAAGAUUGCCGAUGAUUUAAUGUCAAAAUUGGAAAUCGAAAAAGAGGAUUUACUGUCGUGCGCUUAUACAGAUUUAUUAAACAAAUAGUAUUGUAAUCGCUUCUAAAUAAUGAUCGUAAAGUAUUAAUAAAAAUAUGAAUUUAUAAACUUAGGAAUAAUAAAGGUAUUAUAUAUAAAUAAUAAAA